AGCGAACACCGGGAGCGCGCAGGCUCUUGAACGCCUCCCUGCUCUUAUUGUGCAGCGGAGGAAACAUCGCUGCUCCCGGACGUCGUCGCUAUGAAAUGGCAGAAACCGCUCGUGUUGUGGAAGCACAAAGAUUAGGUUGCAGUGACGCCGUACGUGUGUUUAGUUCUGACCAUGUUCUGGUAGCGUGAGCUCGUUGAACACAUAAAAAACCCGGACACAAACCCCUUCUGAAUUCGAGCACGGAUCGGUGUGCAGGGCUGCGGACGGUGACUGACUGCGGGUCAAUACUGCUGGAGUUAGCAGGACGGGGUGCUGAGUGGAAAAGCAGCACUUGAAUGCACCAACACAGUUCAGACCAACUUUCAUCAUGAACCGCAACAAGCGUGAGAAGGAAUACUACAGCGUUGAUGUGGGUGAUUCGACUUUCAUGGUUUUAAAACGCUACCAGAACCUCAGGCCCAUUGGAUCUGGAGCACAAGGAAUUGUCUGCUCGGCUUAUGACCACAAUUUGGAAAGGAACGUCGCUAUCAAGAAACUGAGUCGGCCCUUUCAGAAUCAAACUCAUGCUAAAAGAGCCUACAGAGAAUUGGUGCUAAUGAAAUGUGUCAACCACAAGAAUAUUAUCGGCCUAUUAAAUGUAUUCACCCCUCAGAAGUCAUUGGAAGAGUUCCAAGAUGUAUAUCUGGUGAUGGAGCUGAUGGAUGCCAACCUCUGUCAGGUGAUCCAAAUGGAGCUGGACCAUGAGAGGCUGUCGUACCUGCUCUACCAGAUGCUGUGUGGAAUCAAGCAUUUACACGCUGCUGGCAUCAUACACAGGGACCUGAAGCCCAGUAACAUAGUGGUGAAAUCUGACUGCACGUUGAAGAUAUUGGACUUCGGCCUAGCCCGCACAGCCGCCACUGGCCUGCUCAUGACUCCUUAUGUAGUGACACGCUACUACCGUGCCCCUGAAGUCAUCCUGGGUAUGGGUUAUCAGGCCAACGUUGAUGUCUGGUCUGUUGGCUGCAUCAUGGCAGAAAUGGUGCGAGGUAGUGUGUUAUUUCCUGGACAUGAUCAUAUCGACCAGUGGAACAAAGUGAUUGAGCAGCUGGGGACACCAUCUCAGGAAUUCUUGAUGAAACUCAAUCAGUCAGUGAGGACCUACGUGGAGAACCGGCCGCGGUACGCUGGCUACAGCUUUGAGAAGCUCUUCCCCGAUGUUCUGUUUCCUGCUGACUCCGAGCACAACAAGCUGAAAGCGAGUCAAGCUCGAGACCUUUUGUCAAAAAUGCUGGUUAUAGACGCAUCGAAGCGAAUCUCUGUGGAUGAGGCCCUGCAGCACCCCUAUAUCAACGUGUGGUACGACCCCACUGAAGUGGAGGCGCCGCCGCCCGCCAUCACAGACAAACAGCUGGAUGAGCGAGAGCACACCGUGGAGGAGUGGAAAGAGUUGAUAUACAAAGAAGUGUUGGACUGGGAAGAAAGGACAAAGAACGGUGUCAUCAGGGGAUCACCAGCUUCCAUAGCACAGGUGCAACAGUAAGCAGUGACCCCGAGCAGCAGCAGCACUGACCCUUGAUGUCCUCAGCUGACCCCACAAUGACUGACACAGACUUCGGCAGCCCUCAGACAGGCAGCGCCACCUGUACUCGCACUGCUGCUACUGCGGUAACCAGAUGACCAUCCUCUGCACCUGCCGGUGUGGUUGCCGGUCCCAUUCCUGCUCACGUCUGACACCACUAGCCUAGUCACUGGCUGCUGGUCACGCCCCUCCCUCCCCCUUCUCUACUCCCAUUCGUGCGUGUCUUCAGUAGUGUAGCAUUCAGCCUGCUUGCUGUUUCAAGAAAUUUUUUGGAAAGAUGGAAACUUUAUUAUUUUUUUAUUAUUACUUGUAGUUUUCAAGUAUCUUUUCGUUUGAGUUCUCAUUGUAAUUUAUUGUGGCAUUUCUUACCUUCACACAAACCUAAGAUGACGAUAAAGAAAUGUUCUGAUCUCUCUAUGUUCCGGUUCGUGUGCACAGACUGUGAGACUCGAACAAUACCUGUAAAAACAAGAAAGGUUUUUAAUGUGAUCUAUUUUUCUGUUGGAAAGCCAUUGGUUUUACUCGUAAGCUUCAGCUUUUACUACUUGCCAUAUCAACGUAGAUUGUACAGAUUUUCUGGUAGGUGUACUUUUAUCCUCUGUACAGGUUUGCGGUGAGCCAUUAUUUGAUUGACAAAAGUUUGGUCUUAGUACUCCCGGUCUCCUUUUUUAAUCAUAUUGUAGAGGAAAAGUUGCAUUUGACAUAUCACGUCAUUUGACUGAGACUUUGAUUUUCCUGUGGGUCACUACAACUUCUGCAAUUUCAUGGGGGGAAAAAAGUCAUGAUGUGAUCUGACACCAAAUAAUGUAAUGUAACUACUGUAGUGGCACAGUCGGAUCAUGCCGUUUUUAUUCAUUGCUAUAUCGGUGCUGCUGAGUUCCUUGUUUGUCUGGCUUGUGAAUCUGAAGUUGCAAGAUUGUGUUGGUGAAGUAAAGAGGAUUUGUAUUGAGACUGAGUGCAGUUUUGUCCAGAAGGGUCAGACCACAUUCACAUCGCAGGAUGAGGCGUAAUGUGAAAUCAAUCAAGAGCGCCACCUUUUGAGCUCUGAAAAUGAGGAUGCUGUGUCACGAUGCCUCAUCACCCCGUCACAACUUACGACCUUUGAAUAUUACUAAGACAGAUGUAGACAAACGCAUCUGAGCUGCGGAAUUGUGGUCCUUAACCUGUGGCCAAGACUGCACAACACGUGGGCUGUAGAAUGUUCUGUCUAGCUUUGAGAAAGGGUUUCGAGCUGAAGGCGUUUUUAAAAGCGGUGUCAUUGAAUGUUGCUUGGGUUGAGUGUAGAAUUGUAUUCUGAGAUUGUACGUGAAGGUGAUAUUCGGUGCUCUGAUUCUGAAGCCAGAGGGUUUGGGAUCGGGGAGUAAAAAGGGAGCUAAUGAUGUCCUUCUUCUACAUCCUGUUAUUAGUAACUUUUGUUGAAUUGGAAUCUGAUAAACUGGCCAAACACGACACACCAGACUUGCCUGCAAUAGUGAAUGAGCGAUAACUUGCAUGAAAAACCGGCAGCACAACUUGGAAACCAACUCUUACUGUAUGCAAUAAUAGUGCCCUUUUUUGAGUCUUCUUGUUUCUUUUGAAAGGAAAAGUGCCUGUUUGUCAUUCAUUCCUGAUUAUGUAUGUAUGUGUGUGGGGGGUGUUUCAUUAUCUAGGUUUUUAUGGCGUCAGAUAACAGUAUGAAACCGAUACUGUAUGGGGUUGUAGUUCUCACAAAUGUAUAUUUUUCUACUUGUUUUUGGAUUUUGACUUGUGAGGGAGACUUCUUUUGUGUUGCUAUGUUUUGCCAGGGUAAGAAGCUGAUGAGCUUAUGCGCCGAGAGGCUCAAGCACGAGUCGUCUCCGGGGAAUAGGCAGUUUCUAUAAAGGUUGUUCAUCAAAGUAUCAAUAUUUCAGCUGGGCACUGAGACAUGUUAUAUUAAGGGGUUAUGCUACUGGAUCCUGGUUAGAUAUAGCUAAUAUAGUGACUUGAGAAUUUCCCCAGUUGCACUCGUGGAAAAGCAUGUAUUAUGUAUCAAACCAAUCUGCAACAUACAUGUCAAGAUGACAUAUGAAUCCCCCGACUUCAAUGGGCUCCCCACAACAGCUUAACAACCUCCUCCCAUUGCUCUUUCGUCUUUUGUCUUUUCCUUUUUGUUUCCUGACCCAAGGGUCCACAGUCUUGCCCGAUCCAUGACUCAAGGAAUUCUGAAUCUGAAAGUCUGGAAUUCCAUUUUUAGUUUAGUUUGGAAUCUGAAUUCGUAUUUAUCAGUCCACACUCCGAUGAAGUCAUCUUGAGAUUCAUUGGAAGUCAUUUCCCAGCAUCUUCUCUACAAAACAACAACAAAAUGAUGUUGUGGUUUGGUGGGGUGUUUCAUUCACCCUCACAGGAAGCUUACUGUUGUUCUGGGGCUGCUCCAUAGAGGUGGUAGUUCUUUCCUGACAAAAUGCAGACAUGUUUUGAAAUAGGAAUUUGUAAAACUAACCCCAACACAGGUGCAGCUGGAGCUGUAUUUCCGAAAAGACAUGACUGGCGCACCAGAGUACUCUAUUGUUUGGUGGGAUAAAAAGGCAAGAUCGAUCGGUUAAGAGUCAAAAUUCUAACUCAAAUUCUCAAUUUCCUUAAUUAUCUGAUGUCUGAAGUGCUCUUUUUUGUGUUCACUAACCUUCCAGCUUCAAUUGGCCAUUUUUUAAUGCCAUCCCCUGGUGUCCUCCUGCUUUGAUGAACUACCUCAUGUUGAAUUUCUGCCAGUUCCUGCAUAUUCACCUGCAGAAUUAGUUAUCGAAGACGUGUGAAUAACAGAUUCCAUUAUUUAUUUAUUUGAAAGUGUACUAUUUCAUGGUUUCAACAAAACUUGUAGUUUUGUACAUUGCGUAUACUUCACCUAGAAGUAAAAGAAUUCUUAUAUGUUUUGUUUUUUUUCUUCUGUUAAUGUGCAAUACCUUCAGCAAACUGUGCUAGUAGUAUGUGAUGGGCCUAGCCUCUGAUAGCUGUCUCCUGAAGGUAAAGAAAAUGUUUGGUACUGUCAAUCCAUGUUUUCCUUUUUAUAAAUGAGAUCGAUUUUUCAUUUCCUUGACCCAAUCUGUCAAACUGUCCACCACUGUCUAAUUGGAAUCUCUCGGAAUCGCACCUGGUAGGGCGGAUUCGGAAUGUCUUGAGGACGAUGAUGUUAAUAAACACAAAAAGAGACAAUGAGCCAAGUUAAGGAGUUGUUAUAUGUCUGGUGCUGGUUUGUAUUGUUUGUCCAAAAAUCCUUCAGUGGAUUUGCUGGUCUGGAAAACGGCAACUACAAAAAAAAAAGUGCACUACUCGAUAGGAACCAUGCACUGGGAUUUGAUGAUGCCACCUCUUCAACAACAACAACAACAAAAAAAGAUGUACUGCAAAUAAAAUAAUUUUACUUUGAA